UGCGAAGUAAUUUGCAUAAUCAGCGCAUGCGUACCUCACUGGCGAAGAAGUCGGCCAUGUUUACACCAAGAUAGAAAUAUGGCAGCUGUGGAAGAAAAACUGAACCCCACAGUAAAUACUGAAGUGAAACUUGCUGUGACAAGGCCGCCAGUUGCAAAGAAAUCCACAUCCAAGUCGCGCUCAUGGAAUCAUUCCAGCACAGAAUUAAGACCAAACUCUCCUCUAACCAUGGUCACUAGUGUGGAAAGUAGUGGCAGUUCUGAGCAUAUUGCCAUAAAAAGUCUCAAUGGAAUACACACAAAUGUGAAUGGGGUGUUGAAAGACAUCACUGGGUGGGACCUCUGCAGAUGGCAACACCAGGAAGAGGCCUGCCACUGCCCGCAAAACUGUGCCACCCAGCAAGAUGGCAAGAUUACAGGCAGCCACCAUGGCAGAGAAACAGGCAGUGGUAAUGUCCGGAGAUGAUGAGAAAACAGAAAAUUGCAUUGAUAAUGGGGACACUUCAUAUUUACCUAAUAAAACAACUGUGAUAGACAACUGUGCAGAGAAUAUAAGUAACAGUGGCAACAGUGAUAAGAUCUUCUCCAGCUCAGGAGGUAUUGAUUUAGUAUCAUCAAUGCCAGUGGAAAAUGGCUGCUUAGACGAGACAAGUGUUGACAAGACUUUGGUUGAACAGGGAGCAGAUUCAUCGGGAAAUUUAGAUAACAUAUCUCAAGAUCAAAGUCUUAGAAUUGGAUCAACUUUUGAUAAAGCUAAAAGUAAUAGUGUUUCUUCAUCUGUAAGCAGUUCCUGCUGCUCCUCCCCUUUCAGGCAAGAUCAGGGCAAUUUGUUUGAAAAACUUACAAGUCACUUUAAAGAAUUAGAACCAACAGAUAAAAAAGACGCUUGUGAAAAAGGAGCUGAUGCCAAUAGCAUCGACCUCAAUGAAACUAAAGGAGAGCCUAAUUUAGAUGAUAAUCACAGCCAAGAUUUAACAAAUCCCUCUGAACAAGUAGUCAUUUUAGAUACAAAAUCAGAUAAUACUGGCAAAAAUAUUGUAGACAAUUUUAAUGAAGAAACAUUGGAAGGUGGUGUGAAAGAUGAAACUUUAGAAAGUGACAAAAUUUUACCAGAUCACACAGAAGAUAUUCUUCUUGAAAAUGACAAGGACAGUGAGACAUUACAAAGGGACGAAGAAGAUGACACGGUUCCAGAGGACAAAGAAGAUGAAUUGCUACAGGGUGACAUGGAUGACAUAUCAGAAAGAUCUGGGAAGGAAACUCAAAUUAUUGAACCUCAAAACAGUUCAGAUAACUUUAUUGCAAAUAAUACUGAAAAUGAAGUCCCAAAAAGUGAGACUCAUGUUGAUGAUCAAAGCAAUUUUAUAUCCAACAGUGUCCAAAAUAUCGUAAAUUGUCAGAACAUAGAUGGGCAUCCAGUCAACCAAGAUUCAGUUGAAUCAAAUGAGCCAACAGCUUUUAAAAUUGCAGUAAGAACAAACACAGAAACUGGCUCUGAAACAAAUGAUCCCACAUCAAAACGAUCUCCUCCAGGCUCUCCAGAGAAUAGGGAUCUUGUGUUAAAGAAGCCACGACUAGAAGAGGAGAGAAACCCAUCAAUCUGUGAUAGUAAAGAUAUAAAACCUCAUGUUGAGGAUGAGGACAGUAAAUCUCAGUUUAAGGAAGAGACAGAAACUUCAGAGUCACAAGAGUCAAAGUCACUCACUCUUAAAAACGAAGAUGCAUUUACAUCUGAUAAUAUUAAAAAUGUUUUCAAGACUGAUGAUAUGACCAUUAAGCCAGAGAUUGAGACCACUGAUGGGAAAGUGAAAAGUGAACUGGAUAGCAAGUCUCGCUUAGAAGGAAUAUUAAACAAGCUUGGCUCUCGUGUUCCUCUGGAGAAUGCAGAGACAUCGCAUGAGGAUAACGAGGACAGCGCAUCUGUGGAUAGUAAAGACAGUGCUGACACUACCUCAUCAACAUCUGCCGACUCAGAAGACACAAGUAGUAAUUGCAAAAAGAAGUCCAAGAAAGUAAAACUGACAAGACAGCAACUGGAAGUUUAUCUGAAAAGGCAUGUAGAAGCCAACUUAAAAACCAAUAAUGAUGGUGUCAUCAACCAGCUCCAUGAAAAGAUUCGUGAUUUGCAAAAUUGCAAUGAGGCAUGGAAACAACAAGUGAAAGAAAUGCAGCAGCAGGUCCUAGAACUCACCAUACAGCACCAGCGUAUGAAGAAAAAAUAUAAUAUUGCCAUCAACAAGCAACACACUCAUGCAGUUAAGCCUCAUAUCCAAACCAGAACUGUGGCAACCCAGCUGUUCCCAGAAAUGAUUGUGAGGGCAAUGAACCAGAAUGCUAAGUCACAAACUGCCACCUCCCCAGGUCCAGGCAAGUUCCAGCUAGUGCCUGUAAUGACAGCUAGUAGUGUGGCCAAGUCUACUGUCACUAGCCCAGCAUCUACAGUGUUAACACAGCCCUCCUUAGUACAGAGUGGGCAAACUACUGUGCCGAUGACUGUGAAUGUUAUUGGAAGUGUUGUUCAACAGCAGGUUCAGCCAUCAGGGAGACCUGUCCCGGCAUCCCCCAAUCCUGCCACCCAGCUCCCCACAGUGCGGUCCAUGAUUGAAGCCCAGAGAAGUGGGGUCAAUGUUCAGAUUGUGGGAGGGAAGCAAAUGCUGGUCACAUCCCCAACAAGAGGCAGUGUCGGGACUCCAGCCUCUCAGGCAGCCACGGACCAGCCAGGGAAAUUGGCGACUACUAGUAUCACAGCUGGAAAAGGAAAUAAUGUAACCACCACUGUCAGUAAGGUGAUAGAUCUCACUGAUGAUGAUGUGGGUAGUGGUGGAGGAACACAAGAGCUGAAGAAGACAACCAGUAUGACACUGGUUCACCCAAGUCAAAUAAUGCAGCAAAAGAUGUCAACCAAUCAAAUCCGCCCAGGUACUCAAGUGAUCUUCCAGCCAACAUCAUCAUUUAAUCCUACCGGAGCAGUGUAUGUGUUACCACAGAGGCCAGGGGCACCUGCUGCCCCGAGUCAGUUUACCCUGGUCCCUGUGUCCAGUGGAACCGUUGGGACGCGUCCUACUCUGGUUAGUCUUGUCACACGUGCUGGACUGAGGCAGAGUUUGCCAUCUAGUGUGGUCACUCAGACAGCUGCCAAGCUUCCACAGCAGGUGACAGUGUCAGCCAAAAAACAGUUGACAAUACCACCUCCCCCGCUCCAUGCUGCACCUGUACAGAAACCUGCCAGUACUGUCACUGUAUCUUCUACAGCACAAUCUCCAGUGGAAGCUGCUGGAGAUGAAAGCACAAGCAUGCAGGGGAGAAUAAGCCACCUCGCAAACAAAAGGAAUCAGUUACAAGAUAUUCUAAAUAAUUUGAGGCAUCCCGCACCUCUACCUCCGUUGCCAGCCAAUCAGGAUGUCACAACAAAACUGCCCAAAGUUAUUCCUCCAAAACCUGAUCUCAAAAUUAACAGAGUCACACAAGGUAUUGUGCUGUCCUGGAACAUGAAUGUUGAAUACAGUUAUGAACACAUAUCCUCUUAUCAGCUGUUUGCAUAUCAGGAGGGGUCAUUACCACCCAGCACAAGUCUGUGGAAAAAGGUUGGUGAGGUGAAUGCUCUCCCACUUCCCAUGGCAUGUACCUUGACCCAGUUUCAGGAAGGAAAUCGUUAUCAUUUUGCAGUACGCGCAGCAGACAAGCAUGGCCGAGUGGGACCUUUUAGUGAUCCAAGCAGCAUUCACUUAGUUCCUAAUGGAAAAUGAUGUUAUAUGUUUUAGCUUGCCAAAAAAAUUUUAAAUGGCUAUUUGUCAUCACCAUUUUUGUAUUGUGUUAAACAUUUUAGUAGUCGAGCAUACUAUUUGCUACAAAUAAUAAUGAAAGAUGAGAAGUUUUAAUUUUUUAUCAACUGAAGUAGUCACAGGUAUGCAAACUUUCAUGUCCUUUUCUGUUAUUUCUGUUGCCCAUUAGUAGGUUGAUGACAAUAUUACAAGGUUUAAAUUUUAUAGGUUUACAUAGGUUGUAUAUAUUGUAUGAAUGUUGUCCUAUUUAGGUGGUUACAAAGUGUUUGAUACACUGAGAUUCCUGCAUUUGGUACAAGAGACUAGUGUAGACUCCAGUUGAAAUUCUAGAAAUGUUAUAACUUUUUUGUAUCUAGUGGUUAAAUAAAGAAUUUGAGAAUGAAUUUAAUUUUU